GUCAAGUAGGUCUCGUAGCCGAGAAUAUGGAGCCAAGGAACAGUUAUGAACAUUUCAAUGAAUUUUACCCUGACGAACACAAUGAAGCCGGAUAUCAGCCGGAGAAGCCAAAGACAGGACUUGCUGGUCGACAAGCAGAGUUUAUCCAAGGAAAGCUCUCCCCACUGGUCAUGUACACUCUCCUGGGCGUCUCCCUCCUGCUGUCCAUUGUGAUUCUCAGCAUUGUGGUUAAUCUGAGAAACUCUGAAAAGACAAACAGUUCACUCGCCGAACUUCAGCGUGAGGUUUCACGACUGAGAGAGAACUUGUAUCCUGUUCAGCCAUUGAACAAAUGGAGACUCUUCAAACAGAGACUUUAUUAUUUCCGGUCAACUCGAGCUGGUUGGAAUGAAUCCCAGAACUUCUGCACCUCAAUGAACUCCAACCUCGUGGUUAUUAACAAUGGAGAUGAGCUGGAAUAUAUCCGACUGAAUGCAAACUGUGCGCAUUGGAUUGGACUCCAUGACACUGCGGAAGAAGGGACCUGGCGUUGGGUGGAUGGCACGGAUUAUGCUUCAAAUAUCAAGUUCUGGGCAAGCAAUCAACCUAAUGGUGAUGAGCGUUGGGAAGAAGACUGUGCUGUGGUCAGCGAAGAUGGAUUGUGGCACGAUUGGCCGUGCAAUUCCCAGCACUUCGCCAUCUGUGAAAAACCAACAGAGUGACAUAUCACUUCACGUUUCAACACGGGGCAAAGUGGGCAGUGAAUCCGUUUGUAAACCACCUCCUGAAGACUAAACGAUCAGCACUGAACUGGGAUUAGCGGGGUGGGUGUGUGGCCAGACCUCUGUCACCCUCUCUCUCCCCACUACAACUGCGCUAAAGUUCAUUGCUCGCAUUCAGUUUUGUUUUGCUUAAUUGUAACCCAGCAGUACAAAGAUCCACAUGGGAUGAUGUCCCAUGUCACUCAAUGUGGUAGCACCAAUCCAGUUUUUUGGAAUGUUGCCAAGUUGCAGUGCAGUGUAUGUUCACCAGUGCUUUCUUGCACCUUCACAUUUUUCUAGCUCCGACCUUUUUCAUUCAAUAUGCCCUUGGAAUCUUAACCUUGCAGUGCUGUUUGGAAGACCAGAUUAUGCGUUUUCUCCUUUGAGGGAUGGAAUGGUUUCAGUACAGUUUCCACUCCCGUCGACGCUUAGACUGAAAGGCCAGUGUACUGGUUUUCACGAAAAUCAAAGUACCAAUUUCACUCCUUCCCCCUACAUGCUUUCGGUCACCCCAGUUCCCAACCCCUCCUUUCCCCCACUUUCUCCCGUCCUACUGGAUUCUGCAAGACAAACCAGAACUUGGGGCAGUUUAAUGACUGUGUUUGUAACCGCGGGAUUGUUCUCCAGGACUUGAAGUCUUUUUUUGUAAUUUGCUGAAUCCUGCCAGCGGACUAGGCUCCAAUCAAAUUAAACCUGAUUCCAGAGAGGUCGGCUGCCAGCGCUGGCUUCUGUCAGGGAGGUGGGUGGAAUUGAUUUGGGUGUUUCCAAGGCUACCCAUUGUCUGCAGUCCCACACACGCCUCUCCCUUCCUAUAUGUCUCUCUAUUUGUCUCCAAAACCUCCCUCUGCCUCUUCUCACCAUCCAUUCCCCGGUUUCUGUAACCUGUGACAUCAUGUUAAUAUCUGGGUCUGACCAGCAGGAUUGUGAUCUACGAUCUGCCGCUUUGUCAUCCGGUGAAAUCUGAUGUUUACUUUUAUCCCAUU